AUUUUCCCAAUCCUUGCAAAUAUUUUUUUAUGGACGUAAUCCUUACACCCCUUCUGCUGCAAGGGCUAGUUAUUAAUAUAGACUGGAAAAUCAGACUUUGCAGUCGCACAACCGCAAAAAUGGGUUCGGUACAUACUUCUGUGACACAUCCUCGUUCUUCGAAGUAUUUUAGUUUACCCAGAAGGUAAGUUAAAAAAGCAGUCGUAUCAAAAUAUUAUCUAGAAGGAAGAUACCCUUGCCUUCUCUUUCCACUACAUUAGUUUUCAGGGUACUUGGAUUCGUGGGUAUUCAUUUUUACCAACCGGGUGUUCUCCAACUCAGGACAGAAUCCAGUUUUCUCUUAGUAUACAAUCCAUUUUUAUCCACCGAGUGUGCCCUAAAUAAGGAUAGAAACCCCUAAUUUAGGGCACUGGGAUGUAUGGGUAUCCAGAAGGGCCAUGGAAUCUGAUAUGCUAAUAGAAAAAAAGAGAUUUUUUUACAGGAAUGGUGAUUUUAUGUUCCUGAUUUGGAUUGUUAUAUUGGGAUCUGGCCAAUAAUGGCAAGCAUGUCCCAGUGGCUAUGUGGGCAAUCAUUGUUGAUAUCUCCUUCGACUGGUCAUGGUGUUUUGCGCACUACAAAACAUAGGAAUCACAAUACCAAAUUAAUUGGGCGUGUAGUUGUUCCUCCAAUCAGAAGACAGCGUACUGUCAGACCCCUUUGCCCUGUUAGCUGGUGGCAGGAAGAUGGUUCUGCUACUCCCAAUCCUUCAAAACAGAAGUGGCAAUUUUUCUGGUGUACAAGAGACAAAUCAAGUGAUCCAACUGCUUCCACCACCAACUCUGAGAAUCUUUCACAAGAAUCAAGCAAAGAUGACACUGCCUCACCUCACUUCAUUUUGCAGCAGAUUCAAAAGCUACGAAAGGUAGAUCUUUCACAUGCAAUUCUUGGGUUCUCAAAGGGAGAUGAAACCUGGGCAGUACCAUGGACUAGAGAAACCAUUUUCCACGUUAUGUUUCUUUGGUACUCUGCUUUCUGGCUUGUUGGAUUCUGGAUAAUUCCAAUUCUGGCUUAUGCUGCUGGGUUCAAUAAAGAGGCUCUAUCAUACAGAGGUCAAGCUUUGUAUAGUCUUGUAACAGAUCUUGCUGAGGGAACAGUUGGAAUGACUAUAUUGUAUCGAUGCUUAAUUCGUGUCCAUCCUCUUCCAUAUAAAUGGUUCUAUAUCAGCUGGAAAGGAAACUGGCUCAUCAAUGCUUGUUUAGGGUGCUUGAUGUUCCCUUUGGUGCACAUGUUACAAAGAGUUAAUCUAGACUUGCUGCCAGUUUCACCUCCUUUAACAACAUCACAUAUUUUAGAACAAUCAAUACUAGCUCGGGAUCCUAUUGCCAUGCUUCUCUAUGCCACAGUUGUUUCAAUUUGUGCACCUAUAUGGGAAGAGGUCAUUUUUCGAGGUUUCCUUUUGCCUUCUUUGACACGCUAUAUGUCCAUAUGGAGCUCUAUUGUUGUUAGUGCCAUUGCAUUUGCAAUAGCACACUUUAGUGUCCAGCGUUUUCUUCCCCUUACAUUCUUGGGUCUUAUAAUGGGCAUUGUUUUUGUGCGUUCCCGCAAUCUUCUUGCAUCAGUGCUCGUGCAUAGUUUGUGGAAUGGAUUUGUGUUCUUGGAACUAUUCAUGUGAUGUAUUUGCCCAAUUCAUUUGUGGAUGUGCACUGUACAAUAACAGCAAAGAGCAAUGACGACUGCAAGGGUUUGUGGCAAGUCGAGAUAUUUCAUAUUUGUUUCUCUAUUGUCAUUCAUUUUCUUGUGGCUGACUCUAUUUUUCUGAGAUCAAGAAAUGCUUACCAUUUAUUACCGAUAAUGGUAAUAAAAAUUCUCUGGAAGUGCUUGUAGGAGAGGAUAGAUAUUGAUUUUGUGUUAAAAUUUGAUUUUAUUAGUUCUGUUCUA